ACUGCAAGUGUACGGAAUUGGCAAGACACGCGACCGGAGUGAAACCGGAGACUAUCUCCAUAAAGUACUCUAGUUCUUGGAGAAUACUUCUUCAGUGCGGUCAGUCGUACGCUAACGGUGUGUUCUGAUUGUGCUAGUGCUCGUGGUGUAGUUGGAUGAUGUCCUUUAUUUUCGCUUAAAAAUGCCCAAGUCAAUUUCCUUGCUGUUGGUAUUGGUUGUAACGUCGGACGCCGUCCACAUCGACAACUGGCAUCCCGUCCUUCCUCCGGACCUCUACGAUGGGAUCAAAACCGUUCAUACAUCACAUCCCACGGGCUAUUCCACCCACACUUUCCACCAAUCAUCGGGUCCUUCGUCCCUGCACGACUCCGGUAAUCAAUGCGAACUCUAUAAAGUCGGCUUUCUGCAAGACCUCUAUUUCCAAUACAUCCAAUACAAAACCCACAUCCCGGAGAUGAAAGAAUUCACGUUGUGUUUCUGGACCAAGUUUGCCAACCACAGCAACGACCAUCCCAUUUUUUCGUACGCAGUCGAUGGCCAACCCAAGGCGAUCUCGUCGUGGAUCUCCAACACGGACAGAUCGAGCUACUUCAGCUUGGCCGUCGAAGGACACACCUUCUACAGGCUUAACUACCCUCUCAGAAUUAACAAAUGGUACCACACGUGCCAGAGCUGGAACGGCAAAACCGGCGAAUGGCAAAUCUGGGUCAAUGCGGAGCGCGUAGGUCGCGGCUUCCACAACAGGUUAGUAGGGCACGUCAUCCCCUCCGGCGGGCUGGCAAUAACGGGCCAACAGCAAACGCAACUCGGGGGCGGCUUCCAGGAAGGUAAGGACGCCCCCAAAGGCGCUGGAGGCAUGCUGGGCCAAAUCACCAUGGUACAACUGUACAAAGUUGCCCUAACGGCUGGUAAAGCCCACCGUGACCACAAACACCACCAUGCCCACCAAUACGACCACAAUGGUAACCAAAUCACAACACCGCCCCCGGUCACUCCCCGCCCCCGAAGCAACCUCCCCAGCCACCCCCUUCUCACCGGCGGCCAGAUCAACCCCAUGCUCAUGCUGAACCUUGCCGGUGGACAACAACCCCAACUCGUGCCAGGACAGCAAUUUAGCGCCCAGUUGGUCAACGGCCAAUUUGUGAAUAAUUUAGUCUCGCAACAGUUGUCCCAACAACAACAAUCACAAUUUUCCGGGACUCCACUUUUAAGUAGUGGUUUAGUAAACCCAGGAAAUGUCCAGUUUAUAGACACUUUCGACAGCCACCAGUUGUUCAAACGGGAGCAAAAGGAGCCGAAAUUUGGUGAUAAAAUUGUGAAAAAGGACGAGAGCAAGCACAAAAAACGCGAGCUUUAUUUGGGUGGGGGUACCAUAAUUGAGGAAAGUUUCCCGGUUUCGUCAAGUUUUGACCAUGAUUUUCUGGACGGCUUGGCCGGGAUUGGGGAAAAUAGCCCCAUUUUGGAGGAACAGAAGCAAAAUGAUGAGAGAGAACCGGCGGAAGCUGAGGUUAAAGCCGUUAUGAAUGUGUGCAGCGGUUGUGAUGAGGAACCGUUCGAGAAAGCCCUUGUUUUUGGGUGGAGAACCGUCCCCAAGAAACUCUACUCGGGGGCUUUCUACUCGCCGGCGAAUCCACAAUGUAAAGCGUUCUAAGUCUGUUUGUAAAUAACGAGAUCACCUUCAUCGCCAUUGCUUGUUGAUACAAGUCGAGUCAUGUCUGAGAGGACUUGUUUUGUUAAGUUUUUAACACCGUCAUUGAUCGUUAGAACUAGUAUUUAUAUUUUUGUAGAUUUAACCGCAAUAAAGUAUAGAUUUUCACGA